UCACGGAUUAGGGGCUAAUAUGCGCUGGUGUAAUGUAGUCCUUUCGUGGGAUGUGCAGUGUAUACAUCGUGUUUUGGGGAUGGAUAAACAGUUAACCGGCUAACGCCCUGAUAUAAUAUUUUAUGCACUUAGACUGAGGUUAGCUAGCCAUCAAAUCAUGGACGCCCUGGAGAUGCUUAUCGAUGAAGUUGCUUUAGAAGGUCUGGAUGGAAUAACAAUUUCUUCAUUGUGGAUCCGCUUAAUGAACAGAAUCCCCAAGUUUCCACUCAGUCUAGAUCCUGCCACUAAGGAGUUUGUUUGGAGAGCAUUGGUUUGUGAUGAGGACAUUGAAUUCUAUGAGCUUCCUCAAAAAAGGCCACAGAUUGUGUUAUUUGACAGAUUUGCAGAAAUUGACCCAGAAACAGGGAUCCAGGAGAUUCGGAGGUUCACAGGGACCGCAGACGCACGGGAAGAUGUGUACCCGGUCAACGUGAUCCAAGAAGACAAGCAAGGCAUCCAAGGGUCGUGUCUGUAUUUUAAUGAAAGAAAAAACAUUACGGAUCUCAUCAGGACACAGGACUUUAAGCCAUGUUGUACGCUUGAGGACGCACUUAAAAGGUGGGGAGAGAAGCUGGUUGCCGUGGCCGCCCAGAAGGUGCGCUUCCGGACGCUGAUCGGCCCAGUAGGCGACCCGGAGGUGAAGCUGUCUGACCACUCGUACUGCAUCCUGGAGCGCCUGGGCAGGGCCCGCUGGCAGGGCGAGCUGCAGAGAGACCUGCACAGCCGAGCCUUCAAGACCGACGCUGGAAAGAUGCACUACAUGAGGAAGUCCCUGGACAAGAACGGUCUGAUCACACUCCAGUCCCACGUGACCCGGCUGCCCAACGGGGGACAGCAGCACUCCAUUCUGCUGCUGCUGAAGAGGUUCCACGUGGACCGGAGAAGCAAGUAUGACAUCCUGAUGGAGAAAACCUCCAACCUCCUGUCAGCUUGUCCGAACAACAUCGGCAUCAUGAUCAACCUGAGGGAGCAACUGUGUGUGAGCGAACGCACCUUUAAGCGUGUGUACCAGUACAUGAUGGCCGCCAAGCUGGCCCAGAGCAUGUGCGUCCCGCUGCAGACCCUGAACCCUGACGCCACACAGUGCAAGACCAAGAAAGGGACAGACAUCAUGGUGCGCUGCCUGAAACUGCUUAAGAGCUACGGGAAGAAGGAUGAGGAAGACGACGAGGAGAACGACGAAGAGGAUGGUGGCAGGAAACUGCAGUCAGAGAGCCGCAUUUUAGAGCGUGACACCCUGACACAGGCCUAUGAAAUAAUCAUAUCCAGCGGGACGAAGGGAAUCUCGCAGACCGCUCUCAGGGGACGCAUGAAUGUCGGGAAGCUAGAGGCGCGUAUGAUGUGUCGUCUUCUGGAACGGAACGGCAUGAUCAAGGGCUUCAUGGAAGAUGAGGGGCGGCAGAGGAUCACCAAAUACAUCAGCAAGAUAUACGUGGAGCAAAGCGACCUGAACCAACAAUUCGCCAAGGAAAAGGCGCGCAGCGAGCAGCUGCGGACGGGCACGGGGGAGACGGUGUGUCAGCAGAGCGAGGCCUCGCCGGCCACCUGCCCCGACGCCCAGCCUCAGCCGGCUGGCGGGGACGGGUGGCGGACGCCCGACUCCACAAAACACAGGGCCUCAAAGAAAGAUCACCGCAGAAGUGAAGCACGGAAGCAGAUCAAGCUGGAUUGUGGAGUCAAGCACUCAACACCCAUGAAGGAGACUCCAUCACCGAAAGCGAUCCAGGAGGUGACAGAGGUGAUGGACACGACCGGGAGUGAAGGCUGGAGUGCGACGGCGGAGGAGGCUGAUAUCACACAGGACGUCUCUUACGAGCGAACAGAAAACACGGAGACUGAGACCUCCGUCGCCAUCGUGGAGGAAAAGAUCGGUCCCAAGCAGCAGCCGCCGGUCAAGAGAAAGACGCGGCCGGCGCGUAUGGAAAAGCCCCACCAGACUUACAGGCUGCUUAAGCGGAAGAACCUGAUCAUUGAGGCAGUUCGCAGCCUCAAGAUCAUAGAGAGUUUAUUCACGCUGCAGAAGAUGAUUAUGGACGAAGAGAAACAGGACGGGGUGUCCACCAGAUGCUGCAAGAAGUCGAUCAUGAGGUUGCUGAGGAGCCUGUCCAGAGAGGGCAUGCUGAAGCUCUUCUGCACGACCAUCAUUCAGGACGGCAUCAGCAGGAAGGUGGAGUUUGUGGUCCAUCCCUCUAUCGCGCCAGAUGAUCCUCUGGUCAAAAGCGCCAUCGAGCAGAUCCGCUUCCGCAUAUCAAGCUCAUACUCCUUAAACCGGUGAGUGGAUUGUAGGACACGUCCCAUGAUCACUGUUGGCAGGGACCUCACCCUGACCCAAACCCCGAUUCCACUGUCUGACCGCAGUAAAGUCGCUAACAGCGGCCCAGAAGCUGCAAAGGAGAACGAGACCCAAGAGAGAGAGAGAAGCGGAAAGGCUGAGAAGGAGCAGCCGAGAAACCAGAGGAGUAAAACGGAUGAGAAGAUGGGGGUCAGGGAGCAGAAGAAGUUCAAGCCUUUGAUCGUCCCAGGUCUGGGCCGCUCCCUGGGCUUCCAGCCCAAGAUGCCACGCCUUCGGCAGGUGCACCAGUUCCUGUGGUACCUCAUCUACGGGCACCCGUUGAGGAGGGGCCCCGAGGAGAGCCACAGCAUGGAGGAAGAAGGGGCGGAGCCUGGGGCCAGUGCGGACACCAAUGGGAAGGCGGCACUUGACAGGACGCCGAAGCAGGAACUUUUGCUGGACACGACCCCUGUGGGCGGCAUAGGGGCAGAUGAGGCCUCUGCAAGUGGCACGGGGGCCGAUGGGGCCCCUGUGGGCGGUGCAGAGGCUGACGGGGCCCCUGUGGGCGGUGCAGAGGCUGACGGGGCCCCUGUGGGCGGUGCAGAGGCUGACGAUGUGGCCCCUGUGGGCGGUGCAGAGGCUGACGGGGCCCCUGUGGGCGGUGCAGAGGCUGACGGGGCUCCUGUGGGCGGUGCAGAGGCUGACGAUGUGGCCCCUGUGGGUGGCACGGGGGGCGACGAGGCCCCUGCAGACGACAUGGGGGCAGAGGUCGAUGAAGAGCAAGCGGGAACAGAGAUGGUGGUUUACAUGGAUGAGAUGUCCUGGCGGAGGUUCAUCCCCCCCAUGCCCCUGCACCGAGGCUACAGCUGCGGAUGGGCGCUCACCAGCGAUAUUCUGCUCUCCCUACCUCUCUCCAUCUUCAUUCAGAUCAUCCAAGUGAGCUACAAGGUGGACGACCUUGAGUUGUACCUGAACGACCCCGUGAAGCAGCACUACCUCAUCCGUGUCCUGCCUGGCAGAAUGAAGAAGCAGCUUCUCUAUAAGAGGAAAUACAUCUUUAGCUUCUAUGAGAGCUUGCAGCGUCUGUGUUACAUGGGCUUGCUGCACUUUGGCCCUAUCGAGAAAUUCCAGGACAAGGAUCAGGUCUUCAUCUUCCUGAAGAAGAACGCCACAAUCACAGACACCAGCACCUGUGACCCGCAUUACAACCUGGCCCUGUCUUCCUGGCCCUUCGAGGUCCGGCGGUACACCUUCAGCACCUUUCAGGGCGUGGAGAACUACUGGUUCGACAUGCAGUGCGUGUGUCUGAACAGGCGACCUCGUCUUCCACAUUGUUUAAUGUGCUCUCUGCUGCCCCCUGCAGGUGUCGUAAAAUGUCCCCGUAUGAAACCCAGCCGGGAGGACGAGGAGGCGGAGCCUCCGAGCUCCAUGGAGCCGGAGCGACCGGAGCAGAGAUACGCCAGACUGGCAUUCCUACUCAGGGGCAGCCGGGAGGUCGUCGAUGAGGGGGUGACGCCUGGCGACAGGCAGGGCGCCGCGGGCCUGGACUCUUGCUUCUUUGGCCACCUGAAACGCAACUGGAUCUGGACCAGCUACCUUCUCAGCAAGUCCAAAAAGGUGGGCAGCGUUCUGGAAGGCAGCCCAACUGUCAGACUUAAGAACCUCCUCACUAAACACCCUUUACCCCUGUUACUGAGUGGAGGCAGUAAAGGCAGUGGCAUGAGGGAGCCCCCGAUGGUAUUAGAUGAGAACGUGCAGAUGGCCAUGGAGACCAGCGAGCGAAACAGCCGUGUUGUUGGCGGGAAGAAACAGAAGCGGAAGAGGCCCCGAACAGUCAAGGCACCCAGGAAAAAGAGGAGAGUGGCGAAACCGGAAAAGAAGCGAAUCCGGCUCCCUUUUCACGACGAGGCUGACCGGAGCGCCCUCCUCAGGAUGACCCGGCAGCGUGUGACCUGGUCCCCCCAGGAGGACAGCCUGCUCAUGCUGUGCCGAGUGGCGAGCCACUUCCUCAACCGCAAGAUCAGGAAGCCCUUCGUCCCCUGGCAAGUGGUGCGAGACCUGCUGCAUGCGCAGUUCGAGGAGUCGCUGGACAAGACCUCGCUGGCGGUGGGCCGGCGCUCGCGCUACAUCAUGAAGAACUCCCAGACCGACCUCAACUUCAAAAUAUGUCUGGCGGAGGUGUACCAGGAUAAAGACCUUAUUCACAAAUUUCAGAGCCGGGAGAACAAUUACAGCAACCCUGAGGUCUGUGCGUCAGAGUUCAAAGAGUUUGUCGCCGUCCUCAGGCAGAAAUUCAGUUCACCUUCGGUGUUCCACAACUUCACCAUCCCCGACACCAAGGCCGAGCUCUUUAGGAGGUUCAAGGUGUAUGUGAUUGGAGAGGAGCUGAAGGAGCACAGGAAGGACUCCCUGAUGAGCCUUGAGGACGUCCACUCCCUGGUUCUCAACAACCUGAUCCAGAGUACGCUGGUGCUGUCCAACUCGCAGAUGAAGACCAGUCUCUCCUUUCAGACAUUCCGCAUCUACAGGAGGUACAGGGAUGACAUCCUCUACAAAGCCUUCCUGAAGUGUCAGAAGCGGGGGCUCGUCAAUCGCCGUCGCAUCAACCAGCUCACCGGGCCCAAAAAGAGUCGCGCCCUUCCAUUUCUGCCCAUGUCCUACCAGCUGUCUCAGACCUACUACAGGUGCUUCUCCUGGCGCUUCCCCAACACCAUCUGCAUGGAAUCCCGUCAGUUCCUGGAGACCCUUGAGAGCGUGGGCAGGGAGGACCAUCUCACCACCAUCCGUUUCCAGGACCAAGAGGGGGGUGACCCACAGCCAGACCCCAGCAUGGUGCUCUUCUCCCUGGACUCGCCUGGGGGCUCCUGUGUGGCCUGCCUGAGUCUGAUGAUGCUGGGCUGGUUGACUGUGGAGGUGUCCAUCCCUGAGCACAUCGUGGUGGUGGACAGCACCAUGGUGGAUAACGAGGUGGUGAAAAGCAUCGCGAAGGAGGUGGCCGAGGACGACCCCGACGACGAGGAGGGCGAGGAAGGCGAGGGCAGGAGGAAGAUCGAGGUGAAGGCCAGACAGGCCUCGCACACCAACUACCUGCUGAUGCGCGGUUACUGCGUGCCAGGAAUCGUCAGCCUGCGCAACCUCAACACCAACGACAACAUCGUGGUGAACUCCUGCACCAUGCGGGUGAAGCUGCGCCACAGCCCCUCGCACCAGCUCUUCCCCAACCGCUGUGGUGACUUGCUGGACAAAGAGACCCAGGCGGAGGUACGCCUGCCCAGGAACUUCACCCGUCUCCUACGGGCCUGCCAGGACUCCAGCCGACUGGAACGCUUCACUGAUCGGUGCAUCCACCAGUGCGGCUACAGCAGCGAGGACCUACAGGCCAUCCUGGAUGUGAGCAGCACCAUCGAGGCCGCCCAGGGCUUCGGCUGCGAGAGGGUGGAGCUAGCCCGCAUGUUCCCUGACCUGGCAGAGGUGCAGGGAGACAGGAGCCGGACCUUCUUGCAGUACCUGGAGGACCUGAUCGAUCUGGAGGAGGUGGUCGAGGUCGGAGGGAACUCCGUGCGGCUGGUGGCUGUGAAAUACGCCGAGCCCUGGCUGGUCCACAUCGCUGAGGGACUGGGACCCACAGGCAAGGAAGUCCCGUCAUCACAGGACACCCGCAAGAGGCAGGCUCCGGACCCGCUGGAGGGCGAGCCCAGCGUGAAGAAACCGGGGAAUGCCAACAAAGUGGGAAUGCUGGGCUUGGAUGGAGCACCUACAGACGGAGUCGGCCUUACUGGAGACGGGAGAUGCGAGGAGCCCUCGCCCUCUGCCCCGGAGGACGCCGGUGACUCCAUCCAGAUGGCGGAGGAGCGCAAAGGAACAGACCAAACUCAGGAGGAAAAGGGGGGAGCCGCACCUGAUGUCAAUUCUCCACCUACGGGAGAUCCAACUUCUAUAGACAUCAGCUGCUUUACAGUGGAUGGAGAUGACAGCGUGGCCGCAGAUUUGGGCUCGAGCGCGCAGGAUAGGGUGAGCUUCAUCAGCCGGCCGUGGCGCGUCGUCGACGGGAGCCUCAACAAGUCGGUGUGCAAGGGCAUGCUGGAGGCCCUGCUCUUCCACAUCAUGAGCAAGCCUGGCAUCAGCGAGCCCAGCCUGGUGGAGCACUACCAGGGCGUGCUGCAGCCUGUGGUGGUUCUGGAGCUCCUCCAGGCUCUAGAGGACCUUGGCUGUGUGUGGAAGAGGUACAUUGGCAGGCAGGCCAAGGCGUCGCUCUUCUCGCCUGCCCGGGUGCCGGAGGUGAAGGAUUCCGCGAGGCUGCGGGAAAACGCCACCCCCUUCUACGAGCCCACCGUGGACUGCUGCCUCCGGCUCGGAAGCCUCUUCCCCGAAGAAGACAACUGGAACCGAUGGGUCCAGUUCACGCACAGCUGAGAUGUCGUGACCAGCGGAGACAUUUCUGGGCUGAAGGGGGCACCCCGCCUGUCCUUAUUCUCCAGUUUUAUUUAUUUUUAAGUUCAGCUUUGCUCUUUGGAGACUAAUAAAUGAUAUUUAUAAUUUCAGUCUCUGUUCUGGUCAUUCACAUGGAUGUUGUAUCAGCUAGUAGGUAUACUUUAGUAAGUGUUGCAAAAUGAAGACCCCAGAAUUUAUUUACCAUAGUUUUAUUUUUGUAAUAAACAUUUUUGUACAUGUAUUGUACAUUUAAAAAUUCAAUAAAUAUCACUGUCCCCAUAAAA